AUGACAGCAAGCAGCGCAGAGCUGGCCAACGGCGUCGCCACCAACGGCGCCGCCGCGGCCGACAGCACCAAAAGUUCCCUCAAGAACAUCCCCUGGGACCCUAGGAUCGAGAAGGGAUCCUUCAACAUCCCGCCCGCCCAAUUCCCCUCCACCACCAUUCCCACGUCCACCGACGCCCAACAGGUCGCCAGUGACUUCCUCUCCACCUUCUCAGGCAGGCUCGCUGCACGGGACCAUGCCGGCCUGGCCGCGCUCUUCACGCCCAAGGGGUACUGGCGCGACCACCUCUUCGCCUCGUGGGAUCUGCGCACCCUCAAGGGCCCCGCCAAGAUCGCAGACCACCUUUACGCCAACGCUGGCCGCUUCAAGACCAUUGCCAUAGACGACAGUGCGGCGCACCGCGCCCCGAGCAUCUCGUCGCUGGAUGUCUACGGCAAGUCGCAGUGCUUGUCCUUCUUCGUCACCGUGACCAACGACGUCGGCUCCGGCCGCGGCGUCGUCCGCCUCAUCCCCACCGAGAGCAGCAACAGCAACGACACGACAUGGAAGAUUGAGACGCUCUACACCGUCCUUCACGAGCUCACGGGCUUCGAAGAGCCGCUGCGCGCCCGCCGGCCCCGCGGCGGCAACCACGGCGACGACCGUGACACCAAGAACUGGCUCGAGCAGCGCCUGGCCUCGCAGAGCUUUGACGGGGAAGAGCCCGCCGUGCUCAUCCUCGGCGCGGGCCAGGGCGGGCUGACGUCGGCCGCGCGGUUCAAGAUGCUCGGCGUGCCGGCCCUCGUGGUCGACCAGGAGGACCGCGUGGGCGACAACUGGCGCCGGCGGUACCGGCAGCUCGUGCUGCACGACCCGGUCUGGUUCGACCACAUGCCCUACCUCGAGUUCCCGGCGCACUGGCCCGUCUUCACGCCCAAGGACAAGCUGGCCGAGUUCUUCGAGGCCUACGUCGCCCUGCUCGAGCUCAACGUGUGGACGCGCACGCGCCUCGUCUCGUCGGCCUGGGACGACGGCCAGCAGCGGUGGACGGUGACGCUGGAGCGGAGGUCGGCGGAUGGAACGACAGAGACGAGGACGUUCCACCCGCGGCACGUCAUCCAAGCGACCGGACACUCGGGCAAGAAGAACAUGCCCGCCAUCAAGGGCAUGGACACCUUCAAAGGCCGGCUGUGCCACAGCUCCGAGUUCACGGGGGCGCACGCCGACGCCAGCGAGAACACGGGCAAGAGGGCCGUGGUCGUGGGCUCGUGCAACUCGGGCCACGACAUCGCGCAGGACCUGUGGGAGAACGGGUACAACGUGACCAUGGUGCAGCGCUCGUCGGCCAACGUCAUAAGCAACGGGGCCAUCAUCGACAUCGCCCUGGGCUCGCUGUACUCGGAGCAGGCGCAGGCCACGCUACCCGUCGACGACGCCGAUCUGCUGCUCUGGAGCUCGCCGAUGGAGUACUCCAAGGCCGUGCAGGUGCAGGUCACGCAGCUGGCCCUGGAGCGCGACCGCAAGCUCCUCGAGGGCCUGCAAAAGGCCGGCUUCAACCUCGACAUCGGCCCCGAUGGCGCCGGCAUGUUCUUCAAGUACUUCCAGCGCGGCGGCGGGUAUUACAUCGACGUCGGCGCGAGCCAAUUGAUCAUCGACGGCAAGAUCAAGGUCAAGUCUGGCAAGGACAUCACAGAGGUGACGCCCGACGCGCUGGUGUUUGAGGAUGGAUCCAGGCUCCAAGCCGACGAGGUGAUCUUCGCGACGGGAUAUGCCAACAUGAACUCGGCCACGAGGGCCAUCUUUGGCGAUGCGGUCGCGGACAAGACCUCGGAUGUCUGGGCUUUCGAUGAGGAGGGCGAGUUCCGAACAAUGUGGCGUCGCAGCGGCCACCCGGGCUUCUGGUUCAUGGGCGGAAACCUGGCCAUCGCGAGGUACUAUGGAAAGAUGUUGGCACUUCAGAUCAAGGCACAAGAGGAGGGUCUCAUCAAGGAUGUCAAGGCAUAG